CAUAGCGUGUAGUUUGUACAUGCACAAACGGAAGUGAAAAUAUAAAAAAUGCGAUAAAAUAAAUGUUGUUUACACUUAUUUCCUUCUUUUAUAUGAUAUUUUAAGCAUAAUUAUGAGUUUUACAGAUCAUCCACUGGCUAGGAGGCCAUAUAUGAAGCGGCAGCUAAGCAGAGAUGACAUAGGUAAUCAGGGGCGUGUUUUGUUGAAUGAUUUUAUACAUGAGAGAUUGAACCAGGAACAUGUGGAAGGCAUACCAGCAGUGGAAGAACUUCAGGAACCAGGAACACCCUCAGGACCACCUUUAGAACAUUUUAAGGAGAUAGGACGUGCCCUAAGAUGCAUAGCAGAUGAAUUAGAUCAGGACCAGCGAAUACAAAGAAUCAUAUCCCGAGUGCCUCCAGAUGCCCCGCAACAGACAUUUUUCAAUGUUGCCAACGAUUUCUUCCGAGACGGUGUAAUAAGCUGGGGACGAGUUGCAACUUUGUUUUAUUUUGGCUAUAAAAUGGCGUUAAAAGCCUUAGACAAAAUACCAUUAAUUAAAGCUAUAAUAAACUGGGUUAUAAACUUCAUAGUUGAUCAGGUAGCACCUUGGAUAAUAGAGAGAGGUGGCUGGGAAAUGAUUGUAGAAUAUUUUGGAACUCCAGGAUGGCAGGCCACAGGGAUAUUAGUGGGAGGAUUUGCGGCAGCAGGCGCUGUAGUUGCAUACAAUGUCUGGGGUCAUUAACAUUACAUAGACUCUAGGAUAACUCAUGACCAAUUCACUACCCCAAAUUUUUACAUUGAGUAAAAUUGUUUUGUGGUAAUAUACAGAACAUGCAAGCCAGCCAUACUUAAUAACAAGCCAUUUUAAUAGUGAUAUUUAUUACAUGGUCUCAUAUAAUUUUCCAUAAUUUUUACCAUUUGAAGGGUCUAUAUUCAACACAUUUUCCCUGAGCUAAUAAGUCAAAUGUUUGAAAAGAAAAUGUGAAUAAUAAUUUCUGAUGUCAUGCAUCAAAACACUGAGUGAAUGGCUUGAUGUUUGACUAUUGACCAGCAAGCCAUUCAGUAUGUGUAUAUUAUUAGAUCUCUCAAGAUAAACUUUUAUAUCAGAAACAAAUACAAAACCCUGUAUCCAACUUGCAUUGGAUAUCGAAAAAAUAACAGAUUGCUUUAGUCUUGACAUCAAAAAUUAAGUCAGAAAUAAUGUUAUGAUGGCAGCUUGCAAAAAUUCAUCCUUUUCAACAGGUGUUAAGUCUUAUGCCUAAAUUUAUUGUAAAUUUUGACUAAGAUAAAACUAGAAAUAGGUAGAGGUAUAUAGUAAAAGGCCAGUGAUCUGCAGUGAUGUAUUCAGAUUUCUGAGUGAUUCAAGCCUGACAAAAUCUGAGUGAGCUGAAUACAACAUUGCAGAUCAUGGUACUGUUCUUGAUAACUCCCUGGUACCAUUUUGUGUUAAACAUAGAAAUAAAACUAUAGAUGAAUCUGUAAAGUUAUUUUGCACAUUUUGAUUCAUAUUCAAAUUAAGUCCGAAAUGUCAUUCUGACCUUUUUCCAAGAUUUGCAGCAUUUACUGUGAAAUGAUUUAAUUUCGUGGGCAUAAAAUUUCGUGGGGAUAUGAAUUUGUGGAUUUGUAGUUUUGAACAUUAAUGAAUGGGAAUUUUACUUGUUCGUUGGGAUUAAAUUUCGUUGAUUGACUCAACCACGAAAUCCACGAAAAUUAGUCCCCCACGAAUAUAAAUGAUUUCACAGUAGUUGCAAAAGCUUAAUCCUAAACUAGCCAUUGAUACUGAAAACAUCCAUACAAGUGGUGAUGGAAGAUUUAACUAAUUUGUUAUGGUAUUUUUCAAAUAGGUGUCACAGUUUAUGUUAUAUUGUGCAAUUUUAGGCUUUAUUUUGGACUGAAUUUUGCAGUCUGUAUGUAGAAGAAAGUUUAAUAAUGUUUUAUGGAUAUGUUGUACUCCAAAUGUGAUUCCAUACAAUUCAUGUGUUUAUAUUGUUUAGAAUUAUGAGUAAUUUCGCCUAUACACUAUGUAAGAAAUUUCCAUGAAGUGUUUUUAUGUACUUGAAGCAUGUACAUGUAUUGGUAGAUAAUCAAUUUAACAAAUUGCUGUGUGAGCAUGGAAAAAAACAACAACACCAUUUUGGUAAAAAUGAUGUUUUCUUGAAGCUGGUUAAAAAUGUAUUUUAUCAAAUUGCUUUUUGGUUUAAAGUUUUUGUCAGACAUAAGUAUUUUUGCAAAGGAUUCCUGUAAAUUACAAAUUAAGGAAUAAAAAAUCAGUGACACUCAUGAGAUAAUGAAGUGAUUAAAUCUAAAUUUUAUGAAUUAUUUACAUAUAUUUAUCAUUGUUUUCACCCUUUGCAAUGCCUCAGUGGUGAAUAUUUGACAUAUUCUUCUUGUAUCAAACUGUGUGGGUAUUUUCAUCACUUUCAUAUUGUAGUUUGAAAGACAACAGACAUACACUUUGUAGUGAAUUACACUUUCAUAGAAGCUUACUAUUCACAGCUGUUUAAAAAUUCCAAGUUGUUCUGUCUAUGAACAUCAAUAGCAAAAUUAAGGUAGUUCUGUUUGUUUGAUAAACUGGAAGUCAUAAUGUGAUGUCAUUUAUCCCGAUGAUAUAGAAUAAAGCCUUGACCUUGCAUAUAGAAAGGACAUUCAUGUUACAAAAAAUGGCUAACUGUAAAUUUAUAAUAACAGCAACAUUACAAUUUAAUUAUCUUUCUAAAUAUAAAUAGGGAGGAAAAAUGUUGGCUCUUGGAAAAAAAAUAUUGUGAUUUUCCCUUAGACUCCCAUUAUGAAUACAUUUUGUACUUGCUUGAGGUUCAAGUAGUUUAUAUCAGUCUAGCAUAACCUAAACAUACAAGUCUCUUCUUUUAUUUGCUGAAUUUUUUUUUACCAUUUUCCAAAGUUACAAAAACAAGUUCUGCAUUGAGGAAAAAUAUUAUCUGAAAAUGCAAAAAUAUCUUUAAACCAUUGUGACUAUUAUGCAUUCUGCAGUAGGUAGAGAUUUUUUUUUUAAUUCCUGCUGCAAAUGAGUGUUGUGAUGUAAUUGUCUCUCACCACAAAGUGAUGUGGGAGACAUAUUGAUUUACUCCAGUCUGUGUGUCUGUCUGUCUGUGUGUUUCUCACAAAUCUUGUACGCACUCUCAGUCAAACAUUUCUCAUCCGAUCUUCACCAAACUUGAACAAAAUGUGUUUAACCAUAAGACCUUGUCCAGGUUCGAUAACGAGCCAAAUCGGUCCAGGCACUUCAGAGUUAUGGCCCUUGAAUUACCAAAAAUCGGCCUUUUUACUCUUGUCCGCACCCUCUAAGUCGAACAUUUCUCAUCCGAUCUUCACCAAAUUUAAACCAAAUGUUUUUGACCAUAACUCCUCGGCCAUGUUCAAUAACUAGUCAAAUCGCCUGAGGCACUUCAGAAUUAUGGCCCUUGAAUUACCCAAAAUCAGCCUUUUUACUCUCCAAAGGUAUAUUUGUAUUGAAUAAACAGUAUAUAAAGACUGACUUGCUAUUUCAAUGAUUAGGCAGGUGUGGGAGACAUGCGCUUUUCUUAAAAGCAGCUCUAGUUUACAUUUAGUUAUUGAAAAGAGUAAGCACAAUUAUUAUUCUUAUAUAUAAAGGCAAAAUGCAACAUUGUUUAGUCUUUAGACUGAGAUCAAUAUUUAGUUUGUCCGGUAGACAGAGAAAUAACGUGAUCAUGAUAAUUUUGUACAUGAAAUUUAGGAGCGGAUUUUUACAUAGUUAAAGAUAUCCAGUUCACAUAUUUCACUUAAAUAGUGUAGUAAAGUUACAUGUAGAAAUCCCUAUUAGAUAGAUUUACUGGCUAAAUAUAUAAACUGACUGUGUUCAUAGAGCGAUAUUAACAAUUAAAUGGCAGGUACAACAGUUAUUUGUUUAAAAACUUCCAGCUUUUUAAGCAGUAGUACUCAUUUAUAUUGUGCUUAGCUAUAUAUGUUUUAGGUUUUUACUGAUUUAAACCUAGCACACAGUACUGUUUCUACGCACAAACAUGUAAAUGUUAGUUUUCAUACAUGUAGAUACUUUGAAGUAACAGUUGAUAUUUUUUUAUGACUGUGUCUAAUAUAUCUUUAUUAUUACUAAUAAAUGCAAAAUUCAGGUUGAAUUUCUUGCCAGCGUGUUGAUACUUCAAAGUUGCAUGCUAUCUGCACAGUUUGGGUAGGAUCUGUAAAAACUUGAGCAAAAAUUUGUAUUUUACAUGUGUAGUAAGUAUAAAAUUCUCUGAUGCUUUGAGGAAUAAUAAGAAAAAAUUGUUGGUAUCAUUGUUUAAACUAAGUUAGUGAGAAGAGUGAGUGCAAACAUUGUACAAAAUGAUAAGAAAAUAACUUGCUUUGGUUUAAAUAAUAUUUUAUUCAUAUAUAUAUAUACAACAUGGAACGCUACAUUAUUAAGGCAUGAAGGAUUGAGCAGACAGCUAAGCUUACUUGAAAUUCUCCCCUAACUGCUUUAUUUAUAAAUAUACUGUUUCAUUUAAAAUGCGUCAGAAUAGUCAAACUCAACCUGCUCUGGUCGGAUGGUUACACUACACUGCGCUGUUUUGAUAUACUUAAAAUGAGUGAAAAAUUAAAUGAUAGCCAUAUUGUGUAGUUUAAUCACGAUAAAACCUCAAUGAAUUUUCAGUUGGCACUGUAUUUGAAAGAACUUUUGUAUUAAGUAUUUUCUGUUUUGAUUCUGUUUUAUACAUUUUGGCAAAGGAAGUAUAGAUUUAUGGGAUUAAAGCUUUCACAUAAUAUGAUGUAUGUUUGUUAGGAGUUUCUUUACAUUAUAUCAUUGAAAAAUUCAGUCCAAGAUUAUGCUUAAGAUACUAGAGGUUACUCAUCACAUGGUCUUAUUAAGAGACCUUGAAUCCCAUCCCAUUAUAUCAUUGUAAAGGUAAUUUUAUAUAAAAUUGUGAAGUUAUAGAUAUGUUACAAUUCUGUGUACAGGUUAAUCAUGAAUAUAUUCCAUUAAAUGGGACAAUUUUAUAAA